AUCCAAUACAUUAUAUUUACCCCACUACAGGGAUGUUUGAGUGCAAAUAACGAACAGCUGAUGUGAGGUCCUCACCAUGGACUUCUACAAGGUAGCAUUUCUGCUGGGAGCCUUCAUCUGUACUGGGUUACGAGCUGACCAACCGCACAUCGCUGCAGGAUCUCUGUGUGAAAUGUCCAAAGUUGACAUUGUGAUGCUAGUGGACGGUUCUGAGAGUAUUUCCAACAGAGAAUUUCAUGAAAUGAAAGCAUUUAUAUCCCAGGUAGUUCAGAACCUCCCCAUUGGUCCCAACCAAGUGCAAAUAGGUUUGACUCAGUUCAGUACCUACAGUAAAACCGAGUUGGACCUGAACAGCCACGAUAACAAUCAGACUCUGCUGCAGGCCAUUGAUGCAAUUCAACACAUGAAAGGACUCACAAAAACGGGAAGAGGUCUGGAUCACGUCCUGAAACACAACUUUCAGCCCGGUGCAGGGAUGCGUCCAGACUCAAAAAAGAAAGUCGUUCUGAUCACUGAUGGAGAUUCUAUGGACAAGACAGAAAUUCCUGCACAGAAUCUGAAAGACAGUGGAAUCGAGAUCUAUGUUAUUGGUGUGGGCCAUCAUGUUCACAGUCAGCGUGCCAUUAACCGAUGGAGGACCAUUGCUUCUGAAGACACAGAAAAUCAUUUAUAUCUUUUUUCAACUUACCAAUCAUUCUAUGAUGCUGCUAUCAAUAUAUCCAGAAACCUCUGUCAUGAUGCUACCAAUCUGGAAAAACAAGGGCUGCAAGCUGAUCAAACCAACUCAACAGGUUUCCCUAAUGACGAUUGAAGUCAGACAUUCAGCAACUUUUAAAUAGAAUCUGAUUAAUACUGAGGCCAGCACUGUGUCACUUUGUCUCUUGUAAUGUCAAAUUGUUUGUGUUUAAUUGAUUGAAAAUUUUUUAAAAAGUAAAACCUCAACAUCAAACAUUUUUUUCUUAUUUCUUCCAUAUUCACUAUACUGUAUUGCAGGAGAACAUAGCAUGUUACAUUAUACUAUCCUGUGUGUAACAUACAUUUUACUGUGCUAAUAGUAUAAUAUGGCAUGUUACACCAUGUGUGUAAAAAUCAUCGUACUGUACUGUCUCUAUACAUGAGCAAAGCAUAUAUGUUUUUAUUAAGACACAAUUUUACAUGUUUGGUUUUAUAAUGACCGAGUGUAUCAUUAUGUAUUUUACUUUUAUGCAUCUCAUACACAUAUAUGACAUUUUAUUGUGGUUCACAGUCUAGUAUGUUGAAAUUUAUCAUGAGACAUAGUCAAGUGCGAUUUAUCACAUUACACACAACAUAGUAUGAUUUAUGAUAUGACACAUAGUUCAGUCUGGUUUAUUUCAUCAUGACACAAUAUGAUGUGAUUUGCAAUUAAUGUUUAACAAUAAACCGACUUAUUUUUUACA